GAUGGCAGAGGGACACGGUUUGCGACGGACCGGAAGCGCUUGCUCGGUCACGUAAUCGGGUUGUCUGUAGAGUUAGUGUUGCCGUGACAGCGGCCAACUCUGAGCUUCUAGAACCUCGUUGCCUCAAGAGGUGGAGGGUUGGCUGGCCGCACCGCUUCUCUGCGCCUCGCCUCCUUGCCGUGUCACUCGCCACGUUUCCCGGAGCGUGACCAGGCCUUUCUCGCGUCGCCCCGGGGACUUCUCUCGCCCGGCUUAAUGGAGCGUGCAGCCGCUAUGACGGACAUGUAUGACCAGGCGUUGUUGGGCAUCUUGCAGCAUGUGGGAAAUGUCCAGGAAUUCCUAAACAUCCUCUUCGGUUUCUUGUACCGAAAGACCGACUUCUAUCGUCUUCUGCUGCAGCCGGAGGACCGGCUGGGUUUCCCUCCAGGGGUGGCGAAGAGUAUGACGCUUAGGGCAUUCAAAAACUUUGAACAUCUGGCCCGCAAAGAUGAUGACAGAAGAGAGCAAGAACUUCAGGAAAAAAUGAAGAAAAAAGAGGAGGACGUAACAGCUGCAGGAGAGAAGGUGCCAGCUGUAGCUGAGGAGGUUGAGAUCAACGCAGCAGUGGAGAAUGAGUCUGCAUCAGAGGGUGAAAAGGCUGCAGAACCACAGGAGCCUGUGUUGGUAGAGGAGAAAGUAGAAGAUACCAAUGCAGCGGUGGAGCCAUCAGUGGCUGUGCCUGCUCCUUUAGAAACACAGUCAGCAGAGCUGCCCAGGAAACAGGAGCUGUUCCAGUCAAAUCCUGACAGUUACAAUGGAGCGGUGCGAGAGAAUUACUCCUGGUCCCAAGACUACAGUGACCUGGAAAUUAAAGUGCCGGUGCCCAAGCACAUUCUAAAAGGCAGGCAGGUUUCUGUGAAUAUCGCUAGUACUUCAAUUCAUGUGGCAGUGGUGGAGGAAAGUGGGCAGCGUGUGCUUAUGGAAGGCACCUUCACCCACAGGAUCAACACAGAGAACUCUGUCUGGAGCCUGGAACCAGGAAAGUGUCUCCUAAUUAACCUGAGCAAAGUAGGUGAAUACUGGUGGAGUGCCGUCUUGGAAGGUGAAGAGCAGAUUGACAUUGAUAAAAUCAAUAAGGAACGUUCAAUGGCUACAGUGGAUGAAGAAGAACAUGCUGUGCUGGACAGGCUAUCCUUUGACUACCACCAAAAGCUGCAGGGCAAGCCACAGAGCCACGAGAUGAAAGUCCAUGAGAUGCUCAAGAAGGGCUGGGAUGCUGAAGGCUCCCCAUUCCGAGGCCAGAAGUUUGAUCCCUCCAUGUUCAACAUCUCUCCUGGGGCAGUACACUUUUGAUGAUGGCCACCGAGGAUGGGAGAAUCGCUUACACGCCUGGGAUAGUAGGAUGAAAACUGAUGCCACUGCCAGACUCCUCCUCCUGCCAGUGACCAGCCAUUUUGUCCCUGUGUUGUUAUCUGGGCUUGUUUGCAAAAUGAGAAAAGACUUCAAAUAGCCAGAAUGUGGGUUUGGUUUAGGGGAGGGUGGGAGCAGAACGGGAACUGCAGUGUGAGUGAGUCCUUCCCUCCAGCACCAGGUUGGUGCACUUGAUAUGUAUGUGGGGGAAGCCUAGCGAAAAGCAGCAUUACGUACUGUGUCACCACGGCAACCGGCGGCUGCUGGUAGCAUUUCCUCUUCUCUGGUUAAUGGAUUCAUUUGCUGCUUGGGGGGGGGGCUUUGAUUGAAAGCAGCACUCUUUCCCCCCCUUUCAAAAAUAGAUGUAGUUUGGUCAGAUGAUGGCAAGCUUCUCUCCUGCUUCCUUGAAGCUGCCUUCUGUCCCCGGUUCCAUCUUUCCGGCAACCCCAUUUCCUAAUGGCACUGGGCAGCGCAGUUCUCUUUAAACACUGACAAUCUGCAAUCAGUGUCAUUUUAGCAGUAUCUUAAUUGCUAGGUUUAGUCCUGGAGGCCCUAGCAGUGGGAGGUAAAUGUUGCAGGCUCAGACUAAUAUCUGAAAAGGAGCCAGAACGGAAGGUGACACUUGAUAGCUGUAUCUUUACUGUUGAUCUCUGGUGGUCUGUGAAGCCCUGGCAUUGGAUUAAAAAACAAAAAGAAAGGGAAACCAGAGUUCUCCAUCCUGAUUCCUGUGGCUGGAUGACUUGGUGCUCAGAGACCUGCAGUCCUCUGUCAGUCUCAGUUUCUUCUUUGUUUUCUCCAAAAGCUCUUGCUAUGUAGCUUCGGAGGGUACAAAUCCAUUUUUCUUUCUUCCUCCUCUCUUAGGGCCAAACCAGUUGAAACUUCAGGUGUGGGAUUGUAUUUCAUUUAUGUUUUUUUUUUUAAAAAAAACAAACAGCUGUGGAUGUAUGUGAAAUAGGGUCUACAGGGUAGGGGGUUUAACUUUCCCCUGUGCACUGCAGUUCUGACAGCCCACUCCCUGGAUGCUAUUUGUAUCGGAAAGAAAGCUGCCAGUGUUGCUUUCCAUCCAGCAGGAAGGGUCUUGAUAGGACAACAGCAUUGGAAGAAGAGGCCAAUCCUGAGCGGGGAGCACAGGACUGAUGUUAAAAAAAAAACAAAAAACAAAAAACCUACCAUCACCCAACAGAUCGUGAAAUAAAAUAUGAUCUAGUUUGGCUCUUAAAUGCAUGCAGAUAGUACAGAUGAAGCCAGCAUGGAAUAAUCUUGUGCUAUAGUGACCCUUUUCGUCCUCUGAUAUGUCAGAAGCUUGAUGUUCAAUACUUCCUGGCUGCAGACAGCUCUUGCGUUUUCCAACAGGAAGCAAUCUCUAAUCUUUGUUGUUGAAUAAUUCAAAUGAAGUGUCAUAGUGCCAAAUAAUCACCAAGUGGUUGGCUUGGCCACUUCAGCAUGUUGUCUUAAUCUACCCUCAAUGUCUCUGUAUUGAGCAUUUUCAAGAUAGUGGUUCUACUACUACAAUUUGGCUUCAGAAGAGAAGGGUGCUAGAGUGUGCUGAUUGAUUCAUAGAGUCUUAUUUCUACUUAUCGUCUUGACAGCUGACAACCUGACAAAGGGGGAGGGGGAAGUACUUUGGGGGAAGAGAAAACUCAUUGCUCUUGGGGUGGUCCCACUUCCUAUUAGAUGGGAAAGCAGGCUAGAUCCCUGUUUGGAAUGUGUACCUGUUCUUGUUCUGGUAAUAUGGGCAACUGUAAGUAAAUUUGGUCAUAAGAAACCAGUAGGGGAAAUAGCUGUGCCCAGAUGUAAUAAUAGGCACAUGUCUGGCAUUAAAAAUUGGCAACAAGGACAAAGUUGCAAGAACAACCACACCUGUCAAAAUGGAAAGCACCUUUCAGGGGUGUUCACUGUUGCUGAAUGAGCCGUAGAAGAGCAAAAGAGUUCUCUGCGCUAUUUUAAACUGAAGAAGGAACCAAACCAUAAAGCAUAUAGUGCUGGUGAGGCAUCUUAGGAGCUCAGUAUACCCUAUAGAGCAGGGGUGAAGAACCUUUGGCUCUCCAGAUGUUGCUCAACUACAACUUUCAUCAGCCCCAGCAAGCACGGUCAAGGGCCAGGGAUGAUGGGAGUUGUAGCUUAGCAACAUCUGGAGGGCCAAAGCUUCUCCACACCUGCUGUGGCACAAUUGGCCCAAGGACAACAAUGCCCACCACCCAAGUAACUUGGGAUUCAUUUUCAUUGAGGAAGAAACCUCCUUUAGUGAAGCACUUCAGUACUGCUGUAUCAGCUGUUAGAUGCCACAGGUGGGGCACAGAAGCCACAAAGGCCUUGGCUUCAGAAUAAGCAAAUCUGACAAUCCUCACAUCUUCAGACUAGUCAGAAGCAUACUAGAGAACUGAUGGGCCACUGCAGGAUUUCAGCUGAAGUCUCUCUUCACUGUAGGUAACUUUAUAAAGACAUUUUGGUCAUGGGAGACCAGUAGAGAAGGCGACUGUGCCAGAUAUAAUAGGAAUCGGUUUGACUGCCAUUUUUGAAAUCCCAAGGGAAUAGCUGGCACUUUUAUUUCUCCCCCCCCCAUGCACACACACACAUGGCAUGGUGUAACAUAGUUGAUCGUCUGCUAUCUGAAGUUGGAAAAAUAGGAUGAGUUAAUAUGAAUUAAAAUAUUAAUUGUAAUUUUAAAAAGAUGAAAAGCAGUGUAUAUGUCUGAGAGUGAUUCCUACAGAGAGGAUCCAAAGUGGCUCAGAUUAUUUCUACAUUGGCUCUAAUACACUGAAAAAGUAGCAAGUGUAUAAAAGGAAUUCUGUGCAACUUGGAAGCUUACUGCUCUUUCAUCUGCUGGUAAGUUUGUAUAAGGCUCUCACUUGCAUCAUUUUUUAAAUAAAUUAUGCCUUGAUAAAAUACUAGCACAAAGAGAUUUUGGAUCAGUUUAUGGCUGAAAUGGAGAGUGCAUUAUGUAUCUGGUUUGGUGUUUGUGCUCAUCCUUUUGCCAGUUGCCUUCCUUUUUGUGGAACAUGCAUGAUUUGCUGCUUUUCCUACCAUCCCCCGAACACAGGAGCUAUCUGUCCUUCAUUUGUGCAGCCACAAGGUGCAUUUUGGGACAUGUCCUAUCACAAGAGUUCAACAGCCUGUUCAGAAGAGUGCUGUCGUGUGCAAAUUGAUGGUGCCCAAGAUAAUAACCGUUAUCUUGGCAGGGAGUGGCCAUUCUGUUAUAUGCACAUUCCAUGCCCAUUGCCACAAAAGCAGUCCUUGAAGCUGGUAAGUUUUCAGCUAUGGUAUGGUAGGGGAGGAAUUCCAGUCCCAGAUACACAAGGAGUGUGCUAGUCUCCUUUUUUAGAAGGGGCCUGUGCUUGUUUCAGAAGUCAGUGCCAUCAGUUGCCAUUAGAAACAAAAGAUUGUCUCCAGUGAUAAUCCUACUCUCAGAUUAGACCCAUUGAAAUUGGAUAUGAUUAACUUAAUUUCAAUAGGUCUACUCAGAAUAAAGCUUAGUUGGAUAGCAUCCAGAUUUUUUUUUUCUGUAGUGAACUGAUCCAAAGGGAAGGGCAAAGAAUUGUUAGCUCCAUGUUUGUGGUAGAAAGAGGGCAGUGUGUGGGUGUCUUACUUUCUGGAUUUUAGCAGCCUGCUUGUGUCACUCAUAUUCCAACUUUCCUUGUAGGAAUAAAAGUAGAGAGAAAAGCACAUAUGGACCACUCUCCAACAAUAUAAUGAUUAUUAUUUGCAUGCACCAGGCAUGUCACAACACUUUUUAUCUUCUGAAUGGACUACUGAACACUUAACAGUGGUAGAUAUUAUUGUUCUGCUAUUCAGGGAAAAACAGGUAAUCGUUUUCCUCAAAGGAAGACUAGUAGGUGGUAAAGGAAUGACCCUAAUGAUCAGGACUUCUCCCCUUCUUCCUUUUUUAAAAUAAUAAUUUUAUUAUAUCUGAAGCACCUAAAAUCAGCUAGGCAAGAGUUGUAGUUGUUUGCCUAAUGUACUGUGAUGACGCAGCUCACUUGCAACAAACGUCUCACUUGUUUUGAAGAGCUUAGUGAGACUUGAAAAUUUUUUAGCUCUCCUUCAGAUUUAAAAUGCAUUUGUAUCUCUUUCUCCUUCAAUUGUUGAAAGGCACCGGAAGAUUUAGGGUCAAUGUUUUUGGGUGUCCAGAUGCAACUCCCUGGUUUCUGCAGUUCCAGUGGGCUUGAUUAGUGCCGGCGACUGUUUUGACAAAUCUCAAGUAAAUGAUCCAAAGGGAUGCAUCCCCACAACCCAGCCCCUGCCCAGCCUCAAUAGGUCUGUCCAGUCCAACCUUUUGACCUUCUGUUGGGCUUCCUACCGGAGAAAACAGUCUAAGUCUAACACUGGGUUCUUUGUUUGCAACCUUGUAUAGCAGCUGUUAAAUUGGGCUGGAUUUUAGAAGAAAAUGACAAAGCUUUUCCUCUGAAUGCCAGCUGUAGCUGUCCAUGGUGCCAAAGUACAAGUGGGGAACAGAUGUGCUGCAAAAUCUCACUGACAGUGACUACUUGUUUUUUGUCCUACAGGUAACUGGGGAAAGCUAGCAUCUUGCCUCUUUACAGAUUUCUGUAUAAAGAUUUGACUGUUUUUGUCAGGUAAAAUGCCUUCUAAAACAUCAGAAGUGAGGUCUGCUCACUUUAGGGCUGGGGACUGAGCUCACCUUACAAAAUGGGACAGAUGGAGAAACGCAGCUUGUUUUCAAUGCUUGUUUUCAGUGUCUCCAAAUUAUCAACCAUUGUGCUGAAUAGGUUGAUGGAGCCUUGCCUUCUGUGCAGGACUCCAUCAUGUGCUAGCUUUGUCUGAGUAGAAGACAGUUCCCAAUAUAAGUGUGUUUUUGCCUAGCAGAGGCAUAUUUCCCUCACUAGUAGUAUCCUGCCUGUGUCUUCUGGUGGCCACACUUUCUUUCUGUUCCAAUUCAGUUCAGAAGCUAAAAUGCUUCCAUUACGCUGAAGAGGGUAUGUCUAGGGCAAGCCAGCACACUUUGUGAUCCUCUCAGGCCAGUCCUAGCCAUCCAGCUCUGUCAAGGGCUUGAUAAACCUCCGCUUUUAUCAGAGUGGAAAAACUGAAGUGAAGUGGGAAGGGGCAUGCCAAACGCUUGAUAGGCCUGUAAAUACAUGGCUUGAUGGGCCUCAAGUUGUGUAAGCUUGGUCUAGGUUUACACAUUGUCAAUUUUUACUUCCCAGCUAUCUCUUCCUACUGCCACCCAGAAAUGGAUGAUCACUCUGUUUCAAUAUGAUUGUCUAGCUCUACAGGCAUACAGCUUGCGUAUGAAGCAGGACUGUGCCAAACUAAGGGACAGUGCUCUAGACCAAACAUAGUUUUGUUUGUAGCACACACACUCUACCUGCUUGCAGUAAAGAAUGUUUUGUCAAAC